AUGCACCGUGGCAGUACGGCGCUUGCCAACCUGUUUGGUUACUCCUGUGAUUCUGACGUGCUAAAUGCGGUCAAUGAUGACGAUAGUGAUGUUCAAGGCGCUUCUGCGCGUCGGAAUCACAUCGCAUUUACUUAUCCUUUCGGCCCCGCUGGGUAUUCCGAGGUCUUUGCUCUGCCCUCUGCUUCUGAUGAAGGUGCAUCUCUAGCCUACUUUGGCCCCAUGCCGGAUGAAGCGGUGUCGCUGCAAUUGAACAGUGAGGCCUUGGAUUCACUAGAUUUUUUCAGUCUCCCUCAGCGGCCAGAUAUGGUCAGGUCACCUUACUCCCAGGUGGAGCAAAAGGCCAAUAAACAGCCCCCUCCAGCCUCACAGAGCCCAACACCUGCGACAAAGAGAGCCUGCGAUUUGCCCCCCAAUACCACCUUCUCAAACAAUCUUCCUUUAUCACCAUGUUCCAUGUGCACACUACGGGGCAAGGUUUGCACGAUUGCGUGGCGUUCUGCCAAGCAAUCUUCACACAAUACCAAGAAGCAUGCGUCGGAUUCAUUUGUCAAGAGCCGUUUUACCGGGCAUGGCCCCAAUACCAUCGAACACACCAAUGAUGGCCUCUCGCCCACCAGUGCAACAACUCUGCCACGCCACGACCUUGCUCUAGUAUGCCGUACGAUGGAUUCUUGGACGUGCUUCCAGAAACUGAGAGUAUACAUUCACACAUUUGAUAAUCCAAUUUCAAAUCUACUUUCGACGAAGUGCAUGCCUCCUUGUUACUCUUUGGGAGUUACUGCUUUAAUACCAUUGAAACGCAAUACACAACUAGCCGCACGAUUCAAUCAAGCGGAAUCGAGCAUCAUGAACUCCUGGGAAUCGAUAUCUCCUCCACAGCUGCUGACUUCUCCUACGUCACGUUUAUUCCUUACGGCCAGCAUUCUUGAUUUGCUGUUUCAGCGUCCAUAUUCUCACUCAGAACACGUACGAUUGACGUCUCGUGAUAUUGCCCUGAUUGAAACGUAUAAAUGGGUAGCCAUUGCGACCGGGUCACAAUUUGUGGUCAAUGAAAGUGGCACUGUGCAGGAGGAAAAGUCUCACGAUCAAGCAAGAGAUAUUGCAUACGCUACAUGGUGCAAGGCAAAACACAUGGUCUUCGAGAAUAUCGCAGCAAGCAAAUCGUUCCGUUUAGGAUUGUCUCUUCUCCUCUUUGGAACAAUCUUACCACCCGCUGGGACUGACCGGAGCAGUGAUUUCGGGGAAGAAGCUGCCUAUGCUCUGCAUGAAGGCAUUCGUCGACUCCGCACGCUGUGUGCUGAAGCUCGUGCCUGUCUCCAGGAUGUUGAUAACCGUUCCCCUGUCAUUACGCCCUUGGGAGGGCCACAUACGCCCACAAAACGGCAAUGUCUGUUCCAAAGAUUGUCCCCAGAAGCCCAUGGAAACGUUCUAGAGCUUAUUGCGGCGUUUGAAUGGCUAGUUGAUAUGUCACGGUCCGUGGCAAUUGCCCUUUUCCCAUUUGGAAGUUUUCCUGAUGAACCGUCUUUUAAUAACAUCAAUUCCGAGUGUCCUCAAGUGAAAGAGUUCUCUGGUCAGAAGUCAGGUGUGAAAAGCGUGUAUAAUGGACGAAAUUUGAAACCAAUGGAUGAUGACAUCAUUGCGCGGGUGAAGGCAGUGACCCAGCCGGUAACAGAGCUAUGGACUCAAGGCGCUGCAGAGCAACUUGUGCUUGAUACCGUGCUUGAAUUAGGGUCUUUCGUCGUCAUAAUGUGGAAAGCACUCGCUCGCUUGACACUAGCCACUCGAAAUUGGAGGACUGGAUAUGUCAACGAUGCAGAGAUCCAUCAACAUUUCAAUACGAUGUCGUUGCUCAUUGAUCUAUGGAGAACGACCUUUGGCACAAUUGACUGCGAGUCAGCUAAGAGCCUGCAGCUAUCACCAACCAAUGUGCAGCUCAGUGUGAUUUUCUGCGCUACUGAUGGCGAUCUCGUGGUCCUUCUCUUUUACGAGCUUUGCUGCCAUCUUCAAAAUCACCUUAAGAACCAGCCACAGGAGCAAGAUAAUUGUCUCCGUGAAGCACUGAACUUAACCAAAUAUCACCGUGACCGCCAACGACUUACAAGCGCGAUGCAAAUGUCUUACCUCGCCUCAGCGAACCGUGGGGUCUCAAGUUCCGGCUUCCAAGAAAAGGGUGGAAUCAUGGCACACCUUGGAGAUAUUCAGGCACACCCACAUCCUACUAUGGUGGUCCAAGCAUACCAUCUAGCCAGCAAGGGUUUAGCACAAGGGAUUCAGAAUUCAGUUUUGGCAGUAGAUAUAAAACGUAUUUCAGACCUGUCAACUGCUCUCGAAUGCUGUCUGCGCGAGCUACAGGGACUACAAAGUGCCCUUGUCAUGCACUCUGCGAUAGGAGGGUGUGAUUAG